UUUCCAUGUUGUGUGCAUGUUUUUGAAAUUGUUUCUGCUUUAUUCAGUAUUUUCUAGUUAAUAUGGGAGAAAUUGAAGAAGAUAAUUUUCCACGUGGAGGAACCAGACCACCUCAAUCUUUGAAGCGACCUAACAAAGAAGAGAAUUUAUUUUCUCAAACUACUAAGCCUAAACCCAAAAAGCAAAAGAAAGAGAAGAAAAAACCCGAAGGUACCCUAAACGAAGAUGCCUUCCACUCAUCGUUAAAAAUACAGGGAACUCUAUCUUACAACAGCCUUAGAACAGAUAUGCUAAUUUUGGGAUGCAUUCGGCAUAUCACGAAUUUCUCACUAGAAAUCGAACUACCCGGCUUAACCUUCGGACACGUUAACAUAACGAAUAUAUCAGACAGCUUGACGAAGUAUCUGAACCACAAACUCGAACAAGCAGACGAAGAUAACGAUACUUUCCUCACAAAAAUGUUCACCGUGGGCCAAUACGUCUUGACCAAAGUCCUGAACAUCGAAAACCGAGAUAAAGGCAUCCACGUGGAAUGCACCUUAAACCCCCGAGAAAUCUACAGCGAUAAAUUGCACAAUUCUUUCGAAAAAGGAAUGCUCGUGUGGGCCGCAGUCCAGUCCGAAUUGGAACACGGCUACGAAUUGAGUGCCGGAAUAAAAAAUUGCAGGAUAUUUCUACCGUUCAAAAAUACCGAUGAAACGAGGAAAUUAUUCACAGGUGAACUAUUGUGGUGCGUGAUACAUAAAUGCGAGAUUUCAAACGCAGCGAGUACUCUUAGGGUGGGUAACAAAACGCAACACUUAAAAAACGCCAAAAUAGAGGAAAUCGAUAACUUAUAUAAGUUAAUACCCGGAAUGCAAGUCGAAGUAGUAGUCGAUAAGAUUACUGCGAGUGGUUUACAAUGCAAGUUUCUCGACAAUUUCUUCGGGUACAUCGAUGAAGGUUUUUUGAUGAAAGAUCUAAGCAAAUAUCAAGAAGGAAACAUUUUAAAUGCUCAUGUAUUAUACGUAGAUCAUGCAGUUAAAAUCACAUAUUUUACCACUUUUGACAUAGAUGUAAUCCAUGCACCAGACUAUAAUAUAGGAGAAGUCGUUAAAGCAGAGGUCGUUUCCAAAGCACCCAACGGUGUAUAUUUUAAACUUCCAUCGAAAUCACUUUGCCUCGUAACAAACAGGAGGCUUAUCAAUUCACUACCGAAAAAGUACGCCAAUUUGGACUUUUCGGAAACAAUUCGAUUAAAAUUCGCUCCAAACACUCGACAUCAAUGCAGAAUAUUGGACUACAACAGGUUGUCUAAAUUGUACAUCGGUACAGUAGAACAAACCGUUAUUAAAGAAAGCGUUUUCAAUUCCAACGAUCUUGCUGUUGGACAAUUAGUAAACGCAACAAUAAAGGAUAUUAAACAAGAAGGCUUGAUAAUAUCUACUGGACAAGUGACAGGCUUCGUGUCCAAUUUGUACGUGUCCAACGUCGCGUACAGCGAUCCAAUCAAGAAGAAGUUCAGGGAAGGACAAAACAUCAAAGCUAGGGUACUGGAUGUUAAAGACGAUAACGUUCUAUUUACCUUGAAAACCGGCCAAGUGGAUUCCGAUGCUUGCCUAACCGACAUAAACCAAGCCAAAAGAGGAGAAACCUAUCCAGGCGUCGUUGUUCAAACCAAACCCGGUGGAGCCAUGAUAGCGUUCUACGGAAACGCCAAAGGUUGGCUCAGUAAGAAAUUCCUCAACGCAGAAGAAGACAACAAACCUGACCCUAGGUUGCUGUUUUACAUCGGCCAAGUCAUCAAUCCCUGGAUAUUAGGCGUGAAAAACGACGCAGCUAUUCUUUCGUUGAGCGAGCCUAGAAAGCGCAAGGAGUUUGAAGAUAUACCUGUUGGACGAAAAGUUAGCGGUAUUAUCAGUGGAAUUAAGAAAGAUAGGAUAUUUGUUAAGUCGAAAAAGGGGGAAUCGAUUGGAUCUGUACAUGCUAAUCACCUUUGUAGUACUGUAUCCUUAUGCUCGACUAUGUUAAAAACGUAUAAGGUUGGAGAUAAGAUGCAUGAUUUAUUGUGCGUAAGUAAAAGCGAAGGGAGAAAUUGGCUGUCGUUAAGAGAGGCCUCGGCUCUUAAGAGACAUCAGCACAUAAGGUUGCAAAAAUUCAGUACUUUGAAGCCGGGUUUUGUCGUUAGAUGUUCGUAUUUAUCGACUUGUAAUUCGGGUAUAUACGUAAUGCCUUUGAUUUUGGAUUAUUCGGAGAAAAUAUUGAUUAAAAAAAGGGAUAUUAUUGCGAGUGGGAAGCUGCCUUCGUUUGCUCCACAACAAAGUAUAGUUACAAAAAUUGUUGAAAUAACGCAAAAGCCGCAGCAAAUUCGUUUAACGGCUAAAUUAAACGAUGUAUUUAGUAGCAGCGUGGAUGACUCCAUCAAAUAUUUCAAGGAAUACUUGACUAGCUUGCAACGCAUUCGAAAUUUCGGAAUGGAGCACAAUUGGGACAUUUGCGCUUAUAAACCGGGAGAAAGAAUAGUUUGUAAAGUUGAAAAAUUAGGUGAAAAAGGGGGUUGUCUUGUUAAAUUACCGAACGGAGUUAAUGGAUUAGUAGCACCUCGACUUUGUCCAGACAAACUUAAAGAAGGCGAGAAUGUUACGGGUGUGUUUUUAUCACAAAACUUCACUAAAAACUACGCAGAAGUAUGCCUGAAACCCGAUAUAUACCAAAAAAUAAACCCUCUUCAAGACGGGACAAUAUCAUCAUUGAAUAUCGCGACUUGCAUCGCUGAAACUUUACUCAUCGGAAACGAUUCCAUAUUGGCUCUUUUAAAACAGAAAGAUGGCAACAGACAACUUGUUUAUGCACCAACGAAUCUUCACGAAAACGAUUUCGAAGGCUGCUCGAAGCAUUAUCAACAAGACAAGAUCAAACUUCGCAUAUGCGGGAAAGCUGAUACACUCGUAAUUGGCAUGAACAAGAAACUCUACGCGGCUUUGGAGAAGAACGAAAGCAAAUUGGAGCAAAUAGAAAAACGUAGACUUGUUAAAAAAUAUACAAACGAGAAUACAAUACAAAUUGAGGAAGAAGACACCAAUCAAGAUGAAGAUGUAGAUGACGAAAGUGAGGCGAUGGAAGUGCAAUCUGAAGAAGAAAGUGCAGACGAAGAAACCGAACCAAUGGAAGAGCAAUGCGAUGAUAUUAAAAGCGAAGAUGAUAGUGAAGAUGAUGAGGACAUUACAGAAACCUAUUUACAAGUUGAUAACAAUAUUAGCGAUAAAGACAGGAUGCCUGUUCUAUCCGGUGUCAGCUCGUUCUUCAAUGUAGCCAGCAAUGACCAAGCGGAUGUUUCUUCGGAUGAAGAAUUAGAGGAAACGACGGUGACGAAGAAAAAGAAGCUAUCAGCUGCUGAACGAUUGCAACAAGCCAAAGAAGAAGAAGAGAGAAUUUCGAAGAUCGAAAAAGAGCUGGCCGAUGCGAGUAAAUCGCCAGAGAAUGCGGAACAAUUCGAUCGAUUGUUGUUAGCUAAUCCUAAUUCGUCGGAACUUUGGACCAAAUACAUAGCUUUCCAUACUGCUGCCACAGAGUUCGAUAAAGCCAGGGUCGUAGCUAAACGGGCGUUAGAAGCAAUCAACAUGACUCUAGUAGAUGAAAGAUUCAACAUUUGGAUAGCUCUGCUCAAUUUAGAAAACAUGCUAGGAACAAAAGAAUCGUUCGAUAAAACCUUCGAAGAGGCCGUUAAAUACAACGACUCGCUAAAAAUUUACCUUCAGGCCGUCAAAAUGCUGGCCGAAUCGGGAAAACUGGCCGACAUGGAGGAGAAAAUUAAGAAAGCCCGAAACAAGUACAAACAGGUCCCCGAAAUGUGGCUGGAAAUCGCUAAAACUUACUACGAACUCGGCCAAUUCAAAGACGCUCGUAAUAUAAAGGAUGCUGCGUUGAAAUCUAUAGAUAACAAAAAAUCUCAACUGGAAAUAAUAGUUAAAUUUGCUAUAAUGGAGUUCAAAUUGGGCGAUCCUGACCACGGAGCAGCAAUUUUCGAAACGAUCCUCAGUUCUGAUCCCAAAAAGGUUACCGUUUGGACCACCUAUGUAGAUCAACUGGUUAAGAAAAAUAACAUCGAACAAGCCAGGCAAGUGCUUGAGAGAUCAGUUUGUCACAGAUUGCCUUUGAAGAGCAUGAAGACGUUGUUCAUGAAGUACAGGAUGUUCGAGGAGCAGCACGGAACAGAACAAAGCGUCGAAUUAGUUAAGGAAAAAGCGAAAGAAUACGUUUCUAAAGUUACGUUGAAAUAA